CAACCUCACAACGCUCUCCGAGGCACUAUCCCCAAGCAAAGCUCCGCCCUCCGCUCUCCGCCUCGACGCUUCUGCGCCCUCGCCGUCGCCGAGCAACCGCCACCGAGAUCGAGCGAGAGCAUGCAGCCGCCGUGCCUGGGCGCGUGCAGCGGCGGACUCGCCCUCCCGGUCCACCGCUACCACCGCCUCUCCUCGGCGUCCAGGGCCACCGUCUCGUGCGCCGCCGCCGCCGGGGGAGGGAAGGCGUCGCCCAGGGGGAAGGAGAACGUCUGGAGCGUCGACAACGACCGGGCCGCCGCCGCCGCCGCGGAGGCGAGCCGGGGCCCGAAGCACCGCCGCCGGAGGCGCCCCGGCGGGCGACGCCUCCCGCCGCCGCCGCCCCCGGGGAGGAGGAAGGGGAAGGAUGCGGCGGGCUCGAGGGUUCUGGUCUCCGGAGCCAUGCUCGUGGAGGUCGAGACAGUGCUCCAAACCCAGGAACCUGUUAUAAAGCCGUCUUGGGAUACAUUUGCGAGCAGCUUAAGUGGCGUUUGGAAGGGUGUUGGAGCCGUGUUCUCACCAAUCACAGCAGAAAUGGAGCCUGUUGGAGUGGGAAGCAAACAAGAGUACCUUUAUGAUUGCUACACUCUUUCUCAUAUUGAGAAGCAUGCUGAUAAUAAUUAUGGAUCUGUGAUCCGAAGGAAGACAAACUGGGUGCAGCUCAAUCCCCAUGGGGAAGCUGAGAAACAGAGUGCUGGAUAUGAUAGCGGGGAUCAGUACAAUUACAGUGACAAGAGAACACUUGAUUUGCCUGCCCAUGAAUCUUUUGAUCUUAAGAAGAGCGAUGUACUUGAUGAAGAUUCUAUUGCUCAGGAGCCAGGGAUUGUAUAUUUUGAGGAUGGAUCAUACUCUAGAGGGCCGGUUGAUCUAGCGAUUGGUGAAUUUGAUGAAUCGAAAUACUUCAUUUCACCAACAUAUAAAUUUGAGCAAUGUCUGGUCAAAGGGUGUCACAAGAGAUUGCGUAUUGUACAUACUAUUGAGUUAAAUGAAGGAGGGGCUAACAUACAGAUCGUAAGGAUUGCUGUAUAUGAAGAAAAAUGGGUCAGCCCAGCACAUAUUCAUGUUGAAGAUGAUACACCUGUUGAUGUUAAGCCUUUAUCUCAAAGAAAGCGGACCAAACCAUCAGACCUUACUGGCUCCUGGAAAGUAUAUGAAGUUAGUGCAACUCCAAUUUUCAGUGAGGAAAGGCAAGAAAUUGAGGGUGGUGCCCUCUUUGUAUACUUGUGCAUGGAGACAGUGAAGAAGAGAAGCCUGCCAGAGAGCUCGGUUUUUUUUGGGGAGGAAGAGAUGCUUGACAUGCAAGAUGUCACCAUGCUUUGGUUACCUGGUGGUGUCACUGCCUAUGUUGAUGUGGACAAAGACGGUAUACUCUGUAUAGGAGUUGGUUGGUACUCGGACGAAGGGAUUAAUAUGGUGAUGGAGAGAGACUAUGGAACUGAUGGAAAGCUCAGAGAUGUUCGAUGGAAAACUGAAGUCAAGCGCAGGUGGAAUCAACCAGUUCUACCAUAAAUCCUGGAACUAACCCUCGCAUAAUUUCUCUGUUUCUAUUAACCUUUUGUCCUGGUCAGAAAUAGGAUCAUUGAUAUCUAUGUGCAUCAUAUAUCACCUGUAAAUUUCAUCGCCUCUGUGGAAUGUGCAUGUUUAUGUUGUCAGUAAGAAAUCAAACUCAUGGCAUCAGCUUUC